GUGCUGUGCAUCGCAGAUAGAACAGGGGACACACAGAGUGUUCUCCUAGCACGCAGCAGAUCGGGUGCGUGGCGCAGUCGCAAUGGCAAUGGCAAUGGCCACGGCCAAGCUCGUCCUCCUGAUGGUCCUCGUGGCCGGCAGCUCCUGCGGCGGCAGCGCCUGGCGGGGGCCACUGAGCCUCCUCCGGACGCUGCCGACGACGACGGCGGCGCAGUCCGUCGAGGCCGCCGCGGAGCGCCUGAAGGAAGACCUGUCGUCGGCGGCGUCGUCGGCGUCGGCGUCGUCGUCGCUGAUCCACGCGCUGCGGCCCCUGAUGGGCUCCGCGGGAGACCUGGGCCUGCGCGCCGGCGUGCCGUGCGACAGCUGGCGGCUGGCCGUGGAGACGUACAACAAGCGCGACUGGACGACGGUGCCGGGCAGCUGCGAGGGCUACGUCGGCCACUACAUGCUCGGCGGGCACUACCGCCGGGACUCCCGCGUCGUCGUCGACGAGGCUAUCGCGUACGCCGAGGGGCUCAAGCUCGCCGGCAACGGCAAGGAGGUGUGGGUGUUCGAUAUCGACGAGACGUCCCUCUCCAACCUCCCCUACUAUGCCACCCAUGGCUUCGGCACUAAGCCGUACAACGCAACGAGCUUCAACGAGUACGUGCUGGAGGGGAGCGCGCCGGUGCUGCCGGAGUCGCAGCGGCUCUUCAAGAAGCUCAUCUCGCUCGGCAUCAAGCCGGUGUUCCUGACGGGGCGCACCGAGGACCAGAGGGCCAUCACCGUCACCAACCUCCGCCGCCAGGGCUACUCCGGCUGGAUGGACCUGCUGCUCAAGCCCGUCGGGCUCAAGGCCACCGCCAUCGCCUACAAGUCCGGCGAGCGGCAGAAGCUGCAGGACGCCGGGUACGUCAUCGUCGGCAACAUCGGCGACCAGUGGAGCGACAUCCUGGGCGCGCCGGAGGGUGCUCGCACCUUCAAGCUGCCUGACCCCCUCUACUACAUUGGCUAAUUGAGCGAUGAUGCCACGUUGGCCUCCGUAUAAUUGUUAAUCCAUCGCAGCGGCUCUCCAUCAGCCCAUCAUCGAUCGAUCCGUCGCCCGGUUGCAAUGCCUGUGCUGUUUGUGAUGAACUGCUCUUUGUUGUUUGUUAUAUCCUUCCCUUCUUAUUUUACGACCGCUGCAUGUUAUCAUUAAUUCCUAAAGGUUAAUUUCCUGAGCUGAGUGGAAAUAAAAGCUGACUAUGUGGAGAGCUGUCGAUUUGUCAAUAAAGGUUAUGACAGCUGCAUUUUAUUUUUCGUA